AGAAAGUGCCAAGUCGUAUCUUUGGGCAUUCCUGCCAACACCUCCUGUCGACGACGAUGCGCCUCGCUCUCGCCGUCUUCGCCCUCGUGUCGCUCUCCCAGGCGUCCAUCGACGUCAUCGUGCAGUCGUCGCCAUCGAGCCUCGUCUCGGCACGCACCUUCCCCAUCGGUCUCGAGAGCACAACGAUUGAGAUCGUACCCCGCGGUGAGCGCCUUUACGACGCGGCCUUUGCGUGGACGUCGCAGUACGGCUACGUUGCGCUGCACGCACACAACGUGAUCCUCGACGGCAUCAACGAAGCGGGCCUCUCCGCGGCUCUCCUCGACUGGGGCACGUCGAUCCCAGUGCCUGCCGGCGCCGACGGGCUCCCUGUCAUUACCGCGCUUGUGCCGUUUGUGUUGAGCAACUUUGGCUCGCUCGACGACGUGCAGGCCGGCCUCGCCCACGUCCGGCUUCGACCCAUGGCACAGCACGCGUGGCGCCUCACGGUCCAUGAUAGCAAGGGCCGCAGCCUCAUUCUGAACGCGACCAAUCACGUGCUCGAUGCGCCCCGCGUCGUGCAAGCUGUCGACGACGCCAAGACGACGCAGUCCCUCCGCCAACACGAUGCCACGCGGCUCGUGCGCGUGGCAGCGACCGACGCGAGUGCGGCAACCACCGGUGUACCGUCGGCAGUCGCUAGUGCCGUCGCCCGCUUUGACGCUACGUACACGAUCCAGGCUUCGGCGCAGAGUCUUCUCGUGCGUGAUCAUGACGCCAAGACGCUGUAUUUGAAGAACAUGGCAUCGCCGUCGGUAUUGCACCAGAUUCCCUAUGAUGCCGAAGUGAUGGAGCGCGCGACGCUGCAGCUGUCUGAGGAUGGCGCGCUCCUGACAAGCAACUCGUGGACCAACGUGAUUCUGGGGUGGCUGUUUUUGCUUGUGUGCAUCGCGCUCUCGAUCGCGUCGGCCCAAGCCUUCAUGCGCCGCCAAGGCUACCACCACCUCCAGUUGAUCCACAAGUAG